AUGACGCAAUACAAUUUAAUAGACGCAAUUGAUAUCUUUGAUAUAAUCAGAUCAAUUAAAGAUCCAGAAUUCCCAAAUACAUUGGAAGAAUUGAAUGUUGUAAAAGAAGAAUAUAUAACAGUGGAAGAUAACCUUGUUUCAACUGAUGACAAUGGUGCACACAAUGGACAAGUUUGUAAUAUAACCAUUUAUAUUAGACCUACAGUACCUCAUUGUCAUCUAGUACCAACUAUUGCACUUUGUCUAAGGCAAAAAAUUGAAACAUCUCUACCAAAACAAUCAAAGGUUACUGUCUAUGUUCAACCUGGUUCUCAUCAAACUGAAUUCGAUAAUGAUGACGUAUCAUAUGAUAUUAACCAACUCUAUUCUCUACUAGUAAACAAACAGAUAAAUGAUAAAGAAAGAUUAAUGGCUGCAUUAGAACAAAGAGAGAUAUUUGAUUUAGUAAAUGAAUUGGCGGUGAUUAUUGCUACAAACCAAGUUGAUGCUUUAAACAAAGUUUGGAAUGCAGGAACUACAACAAAUGUUUGGUACAGUGCAGGUAAUUGGAAUCCAUCAUCUUUACCAGCUUUUGGAGACAAUGUGUUUAUCAAUGGACAAGGUGUAGAAGUGUCAACACUUGGAGGUCCAAUUGUACCAGUUAAUAUCUCCUCAUUGAAAGUUGGUUCAGUAAAUGAAGAAACUACAUCUGUUCUUAUUUCCAAUCCAUUAUUUAUUUCUCAAAAUUUAUCUGUUUAUUACGGAUCAACAGUUUAUUUAACAAAUAGUUAUGAAUCAAUUAUUUAUGAUACAUUUAUUGGUGGAGAAUUAUAUAUGAUCAAUGCUGGAGUAGAUUCAAUUGUCAAUAUUGGAGUUGAUGCAACUUUGGUUUUUGCUGGAACAUCAUUUAUAACAGUUAUGAUAAGUACAGGAACCAUUUUUUGUUCAAACGCAGUAGUAGAGACUUUGUAUAUCGAUGCAGAUUAUCUUGCAGCACAAGGAUCUUAUUUUUCGAUUCUUAGAUGGCCACAACAAGAAUCAAAGAUUCAUGGUUUCUUUUCAUUAGAGGACUCUUAUUUCGUUGCAUUUCAAGAUGUAUUAUUUACUGACUCUUUUAUUUAUUCAAAUGGAUCAAUUAUUAAUGUAACAGACUCAUAUAUGGCAUUAUAUAAUUCAUCAGCCACCAUUUAUCCAUCUCCAACCAACCUACCCCAAUUUUUAGGAGACCAAGGUGGCCUGUUACUUAGAAAUGCUUCGUUCCUAAACAUGCAAACUACUCAAAUGCAUACCACAAACUUUAAUUUCCUACUUGAAGAAUUAUCAUACCUAUUUUUAACAGACUCUGUUGUAUCUUUAGAAUAUGGUCAAAUUGUUUUAAAGAAUUCAUCAUUAAAAUUUGAAAAAAGUGUAGUUGGAAUUAAUAAUGGAUCAUUAACAUUAUUAUACAAUUCAACUAUUAUUGGUAGUAAUAAUUCAUCUUUGGUGAUUGCAGGUGGUUCAUCGAAUGGAAAUUUCUUGGCAUUGAAUACUUCAAAGAUUUUUGUUCAUGGUCAUUCAAAUAUUUUCAUUAUGGGAUAUCUUAUGGCUAGUGAUCAGGCUACCGUCUAUGGAUACAAUAAUGCAUCGAUCUAUGUUCGAGGUACAUUGGGUAUUGCUGAAGAUGCUGUUUUCGGUAUCUACGCAAACAGCCAGAGUUUGAUUGAAAAGUUUCUUAUCUUGUUGGACAAUGGUCGAUGCGAAGUUGCCGAUUCUCACUUGGUCGUACAAGGUCAAAUAUUAGCAGCCGAUAACUCUACCAUUAGUUUUAUCAAUUCAAUUGUUGAGAUUCCAGGUUCAAUCACUAUGUCCUCUACUUUGAAUGCUGUACAUUCAAGUGUCACUGUCAUUGGCAAUGUAUUCAAUGAUCUUGGUCAAAUGGCAUUUUAUAAUUCAUCCAUGUUGGGUAUUGGUGAACUCCAAUCUCUCAACUCUACCAUUCUUGCUCAAGGUUCAGCUGUUGUAUCUUAUGGUAAAAUGACUUAUGGAGGUACAUUUAAUGGAUAUUUAUCAGCACUUGGAGUUGCAAAUGGAGAUUUGGUGAUUUUACCAAACACUACAUUUACUUGCAACUAUUGUAGAUUGUUUAUUUAUGGUGGCAAGUUUGUGUAUGCUGAAAAUUCGAUUAUUACACUCAACAAUACAGCCAUUGUCAAUGAUGAUGGUAGUAGUUUGGUUGCUCAGAGUGAUUUGGUGAUGUUCCCAGGCAGCUCCAUUACAAACAAUGGUAAUUUCACGCUGUCAAAGAAUAUUCUCAUUGCCUCUUCCAAUACGCAACGUGGUGCAACCGAUGCAAACAAUGCCCAAAACAUUGAAUUUUCAAAUAAUGGUACCAUACAAUCAGAUGCCGAUAUUUCAAUCGAAGUUCAACUCAAUAAUCAAGGAACCCUUCAUAUCGUCAACAGCACAAAUAUCAAUAUGGCCAAAUACGUACAAAGUGGUGGUGUAUUGACUGUUGGUGGUGGAUCAGUAUCGUCCAACAACUCUAUCGAUAUUCAAGGUGGAGCCAUUCAAGGUCAAGGUCAAAUCAAUGGUGAUAUUCAACAAAGUGGUGGUACCAUUGGAUCACGUUCACAAUCAUCCGAUAAAUUUAAUAUUAAUGGUAGUCUUGAACAAACUAAUAAUUCAACUAUAUUAAUUUUAAUUAAUACUUUUAAUGAUUUCUCUCAAUUGAAUAUAAGUAAUAAUGCAAAUUUUAGUGGAACUAUUGAAAUAAGAGUUGCAAAGAAUUUGACGGAAUCUAGUCAAGUUGAAAUUCCAAUUAUUAAUUACUCACAAUCAAAUGGUGAUUUUUCAAAGAUUAAUAUUAUCACUUAUGAUCCAGAGACUGGUAAAGAAGAUGAUGAACCAAGUUGCAAGGUAUCAAGUCAAAAGGGUGGAUCUAAAUUCUCUGUCUUGGUAUCAGAGUGUCAAUCAUCUGGUAUGUCCAAGAGUAUGACUGGUGUCAUUGUAGGUGUCGUUGUAGGUGUUGUUGCAGCUGCCGUCGUCGUCGGUAUUUCAUUACACUAUCGUCAUAGAAUUUCUAGAUUUGCAAGAUACAAAAGUGGCAAAUUCUCAACUAAAUUGGCUAAUUUAAGAAAAUCAUCAACAUCUUCUACACAAACACCUUAA